AAAGAAAGAAUAUGAAGCAACAGCAGUAUCAGCAACAACAAGAUGCUCAAAGCCAAUGACGCGACAGAUUUGGAAUUUUGAGAGACUGAAAUGAAAUCUAUCUAAAACCCUAAACUAUUAAAACCUCUCUCUCUAUCUUUCACUAUUUCUCUCGUCUCUCUCAAAUAUUGUGGACAAUGGCAACACUUCAACUUCAAUUAUCAAAUCCGAACACGUCCGCUUCUUCUCUUCACCAAAAAGUACUUCUUCCCUAUAGAACUGGACGAACUAAUGUUUUUAGAAGACACCGUUCUAGUAGUCCCUGUGCCAUUAGCUGCUCAUUUGCCCCAAUUGAAUCUGCUAAAAUAAAGGUUGUUGGUGUGGGUGGCGGCGGCAAUAAUGCCGUUAAUCGCAUGAUUGGCAGCGGUUUGCAGGGUGUUGAUUUCUAUGCUAUAAACACCGAUUCUCAAGCUCUAUUACAGUCUGCUGCUCAGAACCCACUUCAAAUUGGAGAGCUUUUGACUCGUGGACUAGGUACUGGUGGGAACCCACUUUUGGGAGAGCAGGCUGCAGAGGAAUCUAAAGACGCAAUUGCGAAUGCUCUUAAGGGCUCUGAUCUUGUUUUUAUUACUGCUGGUAUGGGUGGAGGUACAGGAUCUGGUGCUGCCCCGGUUGUAGCUCAGAUUUCAAAGGAGGCCGGGUACUUGACUGUUGGUGUCGUUACAUAUCCUUUCAGUUUUGAGGGGCGUAAGAGAUCCCUUCAGGCAUUAGAGGCUAUUGAGAAAUUACAAAAAAAUGUUGAUACUCUCAUAGUGAUACCCAAUGACCGCCUGCUUGAUAUUGCUGAUGAGCAGACUCCCCUUCAGGAUGCUUUCCUUCUUGCUGAUGAUGUCCUACGCCAAGGGGUGCAAGGAAUUUCAGAUAUUAUUACAAUACCUGGAUUGGUUAAUGUGGAUUUCGCAGAUGUAAAAGCAGUAAUGAAAGAUUCUGGUACAGCAAUGCUUGGAGUUGGAGUUUCCUCCAGCAAAAAUCGUGCUGAAGAAGCAGCUGAACAAGCAACAUUGGCUCCCCUGAUUGGAUCAUCAAUUCAGUCAGCUACUGGGGUAGUCUAUAAUAUAACCGGAGGAAAGGACAUCACAUUGCAGGAAGUUAAUAGAGUGUCCCAGGUUGUUACAAGCUUAGCUGAUCCAUCUGCAAACAUUAUAUUUGGGGCUGUUGUGGACGAUCGCUAUAAUGGGGAGAUCCACGUUACCAUCAUUGCAACUGGCUUCUCACAAUCAUUUCAGAAGAUACUUCUUACAGACCCCAAGGCUGCGAAACUUCUAGACAAAAUGACAGGGAGCCAAGAAAGCAAGGGAGCUCCACUCCCUCUAAAGUCCUCGCCCUCACCGUCCACUGUGUCAUCUAGACCAUCGCCAAGAAAGCUCUUCUUUUGAUUCAUUUGUUUUCCCUUCUUUCUUUUUGUAACUCCUUUUCUGUUUUGAGUAAAGAGGAAAGAGAAGGGAGUCAAUUAUCCUCCCGAUUCACCUGUGUAUUGAUUGUGAAGCUCAAUCACAUCAUUCAGUUGUUUGUGUAUCAACUUAUGCAUUUCAUUAUGCAUACCAUUGUUAGUCCAUUGUUUUUAGCCAUGAGUUAAAGCAA